AUGGACGACGAGUUCCUCUCCAACCUGCCCCCCGCUCAGCCCGAGGCUCCGAGCCCCCUGAACUCCACGGAGGAGCCCGGCUGGUGGGGGGGCGCCCCGGACGGGGGGGAGGCGGUGCACCUGGCCGUGCGCUGCGUCAUGACCUCGGUGUACAUCAUCAUCAUCACCGUGGGGCUGCUGGGGAACGUGACGCUGGUGCGGAUCUUCAUCACCAACAGCGCCAUGCGCAGCGUGCCCAACAUCUUCAUCUCCAGCCUCGCAUGCGGAGACCUGCUGCUGCUCGUGACCUGCGUGCCCGUGGACGCCUUCCGCUACUUCUCCGAGGAGUGGGUGUUUGGAGAGGCCGCGUGCAAACUCAUCCCGGUCAUCCAGCUCACCUCCGUGGGCGUGUCCGUGUUCACGCUCACCGCCCUGAGCGCAGACAGGUACAAGGCCAUCGUGAACCCGAUGGACAUCCAGACGUCCAGCGCCGUCUUCUGGACGUGUCUGAAAGCUGUGUCCAUCUGGCUGCUGUCCGUCCUGCUGGCUGUCCCCGAGGCCGUCUUCUCUCAGGUCGUCUCCAUGCAGGGACACAGGGACAACAUGAACGUCACCUUCGUGAACUGCGUCCCGUACCCGCUGUCCAAUCAGAUGCACCCAAAGAUCCACUCCGUCAUGAUCUUCCUGGUUUACUUCCUGCUUCCUCUGACCAUCAUCUCCGUGUACUACUACCACAUCGCCCGCACGCUCAUCAGGAGCGCCCACGACAUGCCGGGGGAGGUCAGCGAGCACACCAAGAAACAGAUGGAGACCAGGAAGCGUCUGGCUAAGAUCGUUCUGGUCUUCGUGGGCCUCUUUGCCCUGUGCUGGUUCCCGAACCACGUGCUCUACAUGUACCGGUCCUUCCACUACCACCAGAUGGACCUGUCUCUGGCCCACCUGGUCAUCACCCUGCUGGCCCGGGUCCUCAGCUUCUCCUCCUCCUGCGUCAACCCGUUCGCCCUGUACCUGCUCAGCGAGAGUUUCCGCCGACACUUCAACAGUCAGCUGUGUUGUGGUCAGAGGCCCCACCCAGAACGCCAGCCCAGCUACCUGCAGAGCACCUCCCACAUCCGCCUCACCUCCAUCAAGAAGGCCACGCCCACCGCCAUCAUCGUGGCCCCAGCAGCCAACGGUAACCCCGGCAGACAGGAAGUAGCUCUGUGA